CCCAAGUAACGGGGUCCAGUCCCGCGCUCUCGCUCCGCGCGUGACUCUGCCCACGAUGAAUGGGACCGUGAUCCCGCACACGCCCAUCGCCGUGGACUUGUGGAACCUGCGCCGGGCGGGCCCCGCGCGCCUCUUCUUCCUGACCCACCUGCACGCGGACCACACGGAGGGCCUGACCAGCACCUGGGCGCGGCCCCUCUACUGCUCCCCGCUCACGGCGCGCCUCGUGCACUGCCGCCUGCAGGUGUCCAAGAAAUGGAUCCGGGCCCUGGAGGUUGGUGAGAGUCACAUGCUGCCUUUAGAUGAGAUUGGACAAGAGACCAUGACUGUGACCCUGAUUGAUGCCAACCACUGCCCAGGCUCUGUCAUGUUCCUUUUUGAAGGAUAUUUUGGGACAAUCCUGUACACAGGGGACUUCCGUUAUACACCAUCCAUGCUGCAGGAGCCUGCCCUAAGGCUUGGGAAGCAGAUCCAUACCCUUUACCUGGACAAUACCAACUGUGACCCUGCCCUGGUCCUCCCCUCCCGCCAGGAGGCCACCCAUCAGAUUGCUGAGCUUAUCCGCCAGCACCCACAGCAUGAUGUCAAAAUUGGUCUCUACAGCUUGGGCAAAGAGUCCCUUCUGGAACAGCUGGCCCUGGAGUUCCAGACCUGGGUAGUGCUGAGUCCUCGGCGGAUGGAGGUGGUCCGGCUAAUGGAGCUAGCAGAGGUGUUCACUGUGGAGGAGGGGGCUGGCCGCAUCCAUGCUGUGAGUUGUGCUGAGGUUUGCUGUAGUGCCAUGCUGCAGUGGAAUCGCGCUAAUCCCACUAUUGCCAUCCUGCCCACGAGCCGGAGAAUCCGUGUCUCCCACCCUGGGAUUCAUGUGAUUCCUUAUUCUGACCACUCCUCCUUCUCUGAGUUGUGUGACUUUGUGGCUGCACUGAGGCCCUGCCGGAUAGUGCCCAUUGUCCAGGGAGGAUCUUGUCAGGAUUAUUUUCAGGAAAGCCUGAGUCCCCAGCUACUCAUUGAGCCCCAGGUGCCUUUUUCUGUGCAGCAAUACAUGGGGACCUCUUGGAAUCCCCCAAAAGAAUGGGGCCAUGUCUGGCUACUAGAAAGAGGACCCAAGAGGCCAAAGACCCAGGGUGUUGUCUUUGAGUCACCUGAGAGAGAAUCUGAUCCACCUCAAACUCUGAGGAAUCUCAAGAGACCUAAGAGGGAGAACCUUUUCCCCCAGCGGAGGGACAGUCAGAAACAGCCCAGCCUGCUUGUUUCAUGUGCUGAGGAACAGCUGUCUGUCCAUCUAGCAGACUCUAACAGUGAGGAUGGAGGGGAUUGGCCGGUACCGUUCUCAUCAGACAAGGCAAUGCAGACGGUGAAGGCUGCCCUCACAGAAUUCACAGGGAACCUGAGGCCUGCCAGGGAAGGAGACAGCCCUAAAGGACUGGGGGAGCAGAGAAAUUCAGGACCUCGGCAUGUUUGUUGGAGAGGAGAGAGUGGGCCCACAACCAGCACCAGCAAAGCCUUGAGGGUGCAGGCAACUGAGCCCUGGAUCCUGGCACUAGAAUACCUCCUAACACCUCUGAGCUUCCUUCAGAUGGGAUAUUCCUCAAGGAACUUUGAUCACCAAGUGGAAAAAUAUCUGAGGAGUAUGGGUAGGGGUACCCAUUUGGAGCUUUUCUCAUAGUAUAAAUGAGAAAUGAAAAUAGACAUUGUGUGUUUCCUUUGGUUUUUGUGGCAUCUCAGAGUGUCUGAUGGCUGAUGGAGUGAAGAGGCCUGAUUCUGGGGCAUAUCUACCUGCUCUGCCUUUCCCCAGACUGCUGUAGGUCUGCAGUGGUCUGGCUCACCAGGGUACCCACAGGAUUGAUCUGAGUCAAGAGAUGCCAUCUCCUUCCUGCUUGUCUCCCUCCACUGCUCCCCUCUCCUCAUUCCCCUUAUUUUGUUUUUGUGCCAUGAGCAUCAGCAACCAUAUCCCCAAAGGAUCAGUGUGAUGGGGGGGGAGGUGUGGCACAAAUAGUAACACUGACAAUCACUUCCAUGCUGUGACUUCAGCCAGCUUCCCAUCUUGGGACCUCUGGGAGAGAGCAGGAAAUAAGGGAGAGUCCAGGAACCAACUUGAUGGGAAUUCCACUCUUUCCUCCUCCUCCUCCUGGGAUUUCAUCAGCUUAUUGCUGACCUAUAUCUUGGAGCUCAGUCAACUCUAAGGCUGUAGUCCUAUACCAUAAUUAGCACUUGCAGUCAGCUAACUAUUGGGAUUGGGGGUGCGGUGUAGAAAUUUGCCUGCCUUUGGGGGCUGCCCCAUGCUGCUGAAGCCCCUGGCCAUUUGGCAGGCACAGAGUUGCAAGAGACCAAAUGUCCUGCCAGAUGUUCCUCCAGUUUGCAUAGCUGGGAUGUUUGCUGCCCCCCCCCCCCCCAGCCUCUUGGGUUGAGCAAGGAGGCCAAGCACACAGCCUGUUUGUUUUAGUUUCCAAGGAAGAAACCAUGGAGCCAGCUGGCUGGAUGUGAGGGGGGUGUGCGGUUCUACCCUGGCCUUCUGCUAACACCUUGACUGAAUGCCAGACCAACCAGCUUGAUGGGCAGAAUAGACCAAACAGUGCAGGAUAGUGCUACAGAGUACAUGGAAACUGCCAUGGGGGUACGGGUGGGGGCUGGGCGGAGUCAUAGCUCCUGCUGCAUAGAGGACAGAAGAAACUUUCCCACUUCCCUAGAGGAAGAUGUAAUGAGUUUAGAAUUUGAAAUAGUAAUUUGCCUCUGAAAGACAUAUGUAGCUUUUAUGAUAUUUAUUACAUUUCUUCAUUGUACAGAGCCUUCUUAAACUGAGGGCUACAAAGGUGGUCCUUAUUCUGAAGUUCCCAAUCUAAUUGUGAAGAUUAGACACCGAAAAAUAACAAGAGAGCAACAAGUGCAAAUGUAUAUAAUGAGAAUAAUUGUAUAAACACCAAAGGGAGGGAUAGAUGAAAUAAAUAACUGUCCAUGGAAGGCCCAUGUGGACAGAGUCUUGUGUGACUUCUCUAGGCACCCUAAGUUGCUGCACUGUGGGAUUCAAGGUGGCUGGGAUGAUAAGGAUGUCCCUUCUACGUAGGGCUCAGGCAAGGAAGCUUAUCUCCUGGCACUAAGAAGGGCCUCAUGGACUGCAGUGUUGUGGUUGGGUGGUUUUUUUUUCUCUUCAGUAUUUGGUAAUCUAAAAACAUACAUGUAAAUGUCAUUGGUGCAUUUUAUUUUUACCUCAAUCAUUUCUGGGUAUUCUCCCAGCUCACAAGUCUUCUUUUUCAAUAAAGAAAAAAAAAAAGAGUUAAAAGACA